AUGUCUUCCCGAGACUACGACUGCAUAGUGAUAGGAGCCGGGGUUCAGGGCUCUUUCACUGCCUAUAACCUUGCGAAAAAUAACAAGAAAACACUUCUACUUGAACAGUUUGUUCUGCCGCACUCUCGUGGCAGCUCUCAUGGCCAGACACGCAUCAUCCGCAAGGCCUAUGACGAGGACUACUACACCCACAUGAUGGAGGAGUGUUAUCAGCUCUGGUCUCAGCUGGAGAAAGAGGCUAACGUCAAGCUGUACAGACGUACAGGUCUGCUAGUGAUGGGUCCAGAGCAGGGGGACUACCAGGUGUUCAAGUCCACCCUGGAGAGGAACAAGGUUCCCAUAGUGAUCCUGCCGAGGGAGGAGUUCAGCCAACACAUCCCCCAUGUUAACCUGUCCCAGGGAAACGCAGCCCUGGUGGACACCACUGCCGGAGUGCUGUACGCUGACCGCACACUCAAAACUGUACAGGGACAGUUCCAGAAACUGGGGGGCGUGAUCAAGGACGCACAGAAGGUGAUUGACAUCACACCGGGCUCUGUGGUAACCGUGACGACAGUCAGUGGGGUGUACAGAGCUAAGCGCUUGGUGAUCACAGCUGGACCCUGGGCCAACACCCUGCUGUCCCACACAGGCCUUCAGCUACCACUGCAGGUGCUAAAGAUCAACGUGUGCUACUGGAGAGAGAAGAUCCCUGGCUCCUACAACGUCCAGCACCGCUUCCCCUGCUUCAUCCAGCUGGAGUCAGAGGAGGCCAAGCAUCACAUCUACGGCCUCCCAUCCAAUGAGUACCCAGGCCUGAUGAAGAUUUGCUACCACACGGGCCCUGAGACGGACCCUGAUGAGAGAGACAGACAGAUGGACAAGGGGGACAUAGACAUCCUACAGCGCUACAUCACCCGCUGCUUCCCUGGCCUGGUGCCCAUCCCUGCUGUGGUGGAGAGCUGCAUGUACACAGUCACGCCAGACGACCAUUUUGUCCUGGACCACCAUCCCACUCAUAGUAACAUCAUCAUCGGAGCAGGCUUCUCGGGUCAUGGAUUCAAGUUUGGCCCAAUCGUUGGCAAGCUGCUGUGUGAACUGAGCCAGGGAGACGUGCCCUCCUAUGACCUCUCCCCCUUCAGAAUCAGACGCUUCCAAGCCCACUCCAAGUCAGCACUGUAGGAUCGGGACCGCUGGCUUUAACAACCUCAGGAACCAGACCUUUACAAAAUGAAGAAAUUAAAGGUUUUCAUACCAGUGUGUCUGAAGCCUAAACAAACAAUGGCCGUUCGUAAAUAAAUACUUAAUUUUCCAGCUAAUCAUUGAGAAAAGUGAUGUAGGGAGGAGAGCCUUAUGAAGGAAAAAGGAAACCYCACACUGCUCUUGAUAGUAUCACCGAUCUUUAAUAAGCUUUACGUAUCGGCCUCACGGCCUUCGUCAGAGCUUUGAAAUGGAGAGCCUUGAAAUGAGAAGAGGAAACAAAUCAAUGAUUCACUAAAGCUGAUCUAUCAGCUGCUGUGUUUGUACUGCUCUGUAAAUCAUACUCUCAUAGCCUCUGCUUGGACCUUUGACCCGUCCUGCAGCAUUUCAGACAAUACUAAUAAUAAUGUAUUACAUUUGUAAUGCACAUAAUAAAAGAGCAACUAAAAAAUAGGUUAGAUAUAUUUGUUUUGUUAUUUUAAACAUCUCAUGAAAGCAACAAUCAAAGUCUAAGAGGAAGGCCAUAAUGGUAGGCCAGCUGAUAGAGAAUCUAAAGGCCAACUAUAACAUUGUUGUACCACUGUAAACGCGUUCAUCUGUGACAAAUGGUAUUAAACUUGGGAAAAAAUUGUACCCUUA